AUGGGAGACGAGAAGAAGGCUAAAUCUGUUGGUGUUUGGCCCACUGUCAAGCCCUUUGUUAAUGGAGGGGUCUCUGGUAUGCUCGCGACUUGCGUCAUUCAGCCCAUCGAUAUGGUCAAGGUGAGAAUUCAGUUGGGUCAGGGCUCGGCAGGCGAGGUAACCAAGAACAUGCUUAAGGCGGAGGGAGUUGGUGCUUUCUACAAGGGUCUCUCUGCUGGGCUUCUUAGACAAGCUACCUAUACCACUGCACGACUUGGAUCAUUCAAGAUUUUGACAAACAAAGCAAUUGAAGCUAAUGAUGGCAAGCCUCUUCCUCUUUAUCAAAAGGCUUUGUGUGGGUUAACAGCUGGUGCAAUUGGAGCAUCUUUUGGCAGUCCAGCAGAUUUGGCGCUUAUCCGAAUGCAGGCUGAUGCUACCCUCCCAGUGGCACAACGCCGAAACUACAAAAAUGCAUUCCAUGCACUAUAUCGUAUUGUUGGAGAUGAGGGUGUUUUGGCUCUCUGGAAAGGUGCUGGGCCAACAGUAGUGAGAGCAAUGGCAUUGAAUAUGGGCAUGCUUGCUUCCUAUGAUCAAAGUGUUGAGUUUUUCAAGGAUAACCUUGGUUUCAGUGAAGCUACAACAGUUCUAGGUGCAAGUGCUGUUUCAGGAUUCUUUGCUUCAGCUUGCAGUUUGCCAUUUGAUUAUGUGAAGACACAGAUCCAAAAAAUGCAGCCUGAUGCAGAGGGGAAGCUUCCUUACUCUGGCUCAAUGGAUUGUGCCAUGAAGACCUUAAAAUCUGGCGGGCCGUUCAAAUUUUACACUGGCUUCCCUGUUUACUGCAUUAGGAUUGCUCCACACGUCAUGAUGACGUGGAUUUUCCUCAACCAAGUUCAAAAGUUCGAGAAGUCCAUUGGACUUUGAGGUUUGGACUGACAAUCUUAAGGAACAUUUUUUUUUGGCCCUCUUCAGGGUUUAUGUUGUGGUUCUUCAUCUUGACAGAAACCGCGCCCGUAAAAGUCAGACUUAUUAUUAUUAUUAUUCUUUUUUUUUUUUUUUUUUAAUCAGUAGAGUUGAGGAACUAAAUUGUGGCCAUUAAUUUUGGGUUGCAAUUGGAUUAUAGGAUUGUUAAAAGAGUCUAAAAUCCCAUUGAAAAUUUUGGAUUGAUCUUGGUUCAGGAAUCAGUGGGGGGACAUUGAUUUGAUCAAAAUAAAGGUUUGGGGAUACUCUUCUUUUUGUUGACAAAAGAGAUGCUGACAUCAAUUUUGUUUAACUUGGUUGUCAUACUUCCUCAACUUCUCGAAAACCAUGAAGUUUAUGCAUUGAAUUUGAUAUUUUAUCUCUUAA